AUGACAGCAGAUGAAGGCGAGGUGAUUACAGUACGUGCAGAUAAUCGGGAGAAAACAUUAGAGGACUGUUCACUUAGUCUAGUGGGAAGAUUCCAUACGACUAAAAACAUAAAUUUCAGAGCUGCAAAAAACCUUCUCAGGACAGUAUGGAAGAUGGGGAAGGAUAUGACGAUUACAGAGGUGGGGGAUGGGCUGUUCCAAUUUAAGUUUGCAAUGGAGAGCCAACUGAAGUGGGUUCUGAAUAACGGACCCUGGAGUUUCGAAAAUCACAUCCUACUGUUGCGACGGUGGGAAAAGGGAAUGACUGCCUUCUCGGUGAGUUUUGAAACACUUCCCAUUUGGGUGCAAGUAUGGGGAUUGCCUUUCGACUUGAUCAAUGAGGAAGCGGGGAGAGACAUUGGAAGGGGAGUUGGGAGAGUCAUCGAGGUAGACUGCAAAGCCAUGGCAGCAGACCAAGCUAAGUUCCUACGUAUCAGAGUCGACAUGCCGCUGGACAAACCGAUUCGCCGUGGGGCGCCAGUCCUUAGCCCGGAGGGAGAUACGGUGUGGGUGGCUUUUCAAUAUGAAAGGCUGCUGGGGUUAUGUUUUCGGUGUGGUCUGUUGGGGCAUGAAGCAAGGGUGUGUUCAGCGUCCAUUGGCAGAGAGGGUGAAGAGCUGCCCUAUGGAGAUUGGCUACGGGCUGGGUUUCGAAGGCAGAGAGAGCAGUCACGAAAGGAGGCACCAAGCCCACCACGCCGGCAGCCAACAGACCACCAACCUUCACGGACGACUAAGUCACCGGUUGUAGAUCCUAUUGGGUCCGUUACAAGCAUGGCUAGGGACAUUAAUGAAGGGGUAACGGACUCAAUAAAGGAUUUUAUGGAGGAAAUAAUUCCAGGAGUUAUGACAGAAGGAAACCCGGAUAAUAAAGAGUUUCCUAACGGCAAGGAAUUAAAUAGGAAGGAGAAAAACGUGGGAGUGAAUGCGGAGGAGUUUAUAAACAUUCCAAUAAUGUACGUGGGCAAUAUGGGAAACUCAGGAAUUAAUUCUCAAAGUGAAACCCUAGUUCCACACGUUUCUGAGGGGGCACCAUGUGCUACACUUCAAGCCCCACGGCGAAAGACUCCUAAGUGGACUAAAAUUCCUAGGGUUGACUCAACAAACACUACACCACCCACGGGAACAAUAGAAACAGGGAAGAAAAGAUCUCAUGAGGGGGAAGCACAGGAUGGGGCAAGGAAAAAGUCAAGGGCAGCGGCAAAAACUGUUGAAAGCAAAACGAUGGAGGCUGAAAUUCAGCCCCGCCGAGCACAAUGA